AUGUCUUCGCAAUGCAAGCUGUCUAGCCCCCAGUUGGGGUGUUCAACAGCCGGAGCGCGGCACGUCGACUGGGUAAACUACGGCUCUAAUCAAUUCUCCUCCUCAUCGGUCUCCUCAUCAAACGGGACUCUCCAAGUGACCUCUAAUAUCGUCAAAAUUCUCCAUGAAGACAAAGACUUGUCUAGUUCGCCGCUGGCGGCCAAUGUGCUCGCGACCAGCGUCACCGCCCAGUUCGUCGACUGCUCGCAAUGCAGUGACACCAUUGCAGAUCUCACCGAGGACAUCCAACUCCGAGAUCAAGCUAUUCGGGACCUGCGGGCCGAAAUUGUCAGUUUGAAAGAGGCGAUGAAGACCCUUCAAUCA